CUUAUUACUCCUCCAGCUCUAUGUAUCUAAGCUAACCACCCAACCCUCAAGACACUCUAGAAUUAACGGUGAAACAAAGAAAUUGAACAGAAACUUUCGGGAAGAGAGGAUAAAUGGCUUCAACGUCAGCUAUUUCAAUGGCUAUGCCAUUAACUCAUGCUAGCCAAAAGAGGGUGCUAAGUUCCGAGUCCUUCUUCAAGCCAUUUCCAGUGAGGCCAUCGAAGGCAACAGCAGCAUCAAAAUCCGGCGGCAGGUUUCAAGUUAAUGCUUCUUUCAAGGAGAAGGUGGUCACCGGGUUAACGGCAGCUGCACUGACAGCUUCCAUGGUGAUCCCAGAAGUGGCUGAAGCUGCUGGCCCUGGAAUUUCUCCGUCUCUCAAGAACUUCUUGCUCAGCAUUGUAGCUGGUGGUGUUGUGCUUGCUGUCCUUGUUGGUGCUGUUAUUGGCGUGGCCAAUUUCGACCCCGUUAAGCGGAGCUAAGACAUUCUUAAAACGUUGGAAAGUGUUUUCCACUUUUUUGUAUCUGUUUAAUGUUUUCAGCUACGAACUGUGUUUUGUGUAAAUAUGUGACUAAUUUUAUCUCAUUUUCGCAUGAAUAAAACUAUUUCUUCACAGCC